GGGAGCUGUAGUCCCGGCUGCCGCCGCCUACAGCUCCCGGCGGGCCGUGCCCUCGCUGCCGCUGGGACGGGCCGAGAUGGCGGCGGCGCGGCUGAGCGGCACCGAGAACCGUCUGGUGUCGCUGCCCCUGUCGCGGAUCCGCGUCAUCAUGAAGAGCUCCCCGGAGGUCUCCAGCAUCAACCAGGACGCGCUGUUCCUCACGGCCAAGGCCACGGAGCUUUUUGUUCAGUAUUUGGCUACAUACUCCUACAAACACGGCAGAGGGAAGGAGAAGAACGCUCUGACGUACAGUGACCUGUCUCAUACAGCAGAAGAGUGUGAGACCUUUCAGUUCCUUGCAGAUAUCUUGCCAAAGAAGAUCCUAGCUAGCAAAUACCUAAAAAUGCUUGAAAAGGAGAAGCGAGAUGGAGAAGUGCGGGAAGACGAUGAUGAGGCUGAGGAGGAAGAGGAUGAAGACGAAGCUGUUGCUGACAGUGUUGGAUCUUAAGGCCAAUGGAGAAUUGUUUCAUAGUUGAUCCAUUUUAUAUUGUAUAAAGGAUGUUAUUUUUGUGACUGAGAAUCCAGAUGCUGGAUGUAUUUUUACACUGAGCCAUCUGCUUUUGCUUUAAGAAGUUUAGAAAUUGAACUUUAUACUCGUUGGAGAAUGGAAUUCUUCCCUCAGAAACGCGGUGGGGUAGGAAGAGACAGUGCAAACCUGACAGCAGAGCUUGGUCAGAUGAUCUGAAAUUACUUUGUCAGACAAUCAUUACCCAAAUUUAAAUUUUUUCAGGCAGCUUUCAGUUCAAAAGCUCCAAAAGUGGACCAAGUCCAUUAACAAAGUCUGUAAAAGCAGCCAUGUGGGCACCUAAAUGGGAGAGGAGGAGAUCCAUCCCAAGAGCUAAUGGUGGUUCUGUAGCUGUGGUGGUAAAUGGGGUACAAAAUUAUGUACAUAUGUGCAUCCAGAACCCUUUUCUUGAAUGAAGUCCACUUCUGCAGUUUCUCUUGCCAAAAUGCACAUUGAAGUCUGUUAAUUGUGGAUUCUUGAGAAGGAGCAGCUCCUUCACCAUGUGAGUGACACAGAUGGAUUUGUCAUUUGGUUUUGGUUUGCUGUUCUUUUUUUACUACAGAAAUGGCAACCAUCCUGUGUAGAAUUUUACAUGCAAUUUUUUAAAAUAAAUGUUUUGUAUGAAAACUUGACAA